CAUAUUCAUCGCUAACUUAUUCAAAAUAAAAUAAAUAGAUGUUUGUAGAUUUCAUAAAUUUGAAAUUUAUUAUCCAUCAUCAAAUUUACCAAACAGCGCGGCCUUCCAUUCUUCAUAGGACGGGACACAAUCGAUGACUGACCAGAAGUUAGCUAAAGCAAAAGUUAUAUUUGUACUAGGUGGACCAGGGAGUGGUAAGGGUACACAAUGCCAAAAAUUAGUUGAAAAAUUUCAUUUUAAUCACUUAUCCAGUGGUGAUCUUUUGCGGGAUGAAGUUAAGUCUGGUUCACCAAAAGGUAAAGAGAUUGAAGCUAUUAUGGAGAGAGGAGAACUUGUUUCUUUGGAACUUGUCUUGGCCUUAUUGAAAGAAGCCAUGAUUAAACUUGUUGACAAGAAUUGUCAUUUCCUUAUUGACGGAUAUCCACGUGAUCUAGAUCAAGGCAUAAAGUUCGAAAAGGAGAUAUGCCCUUGUCUCUGUGUAAUUAGUUUCGAUGUAAGUGAACAGGUGAUGCGUGAAAGAAUACUGAAAAGAGGAGAGACAGGUAAUCGUGUUGAUGACAAUGAAGAGACAAUUGUGAAACGUCUUCGCACUUUCAAUGAAUCGACCAAACCUGUUAUUGAACACUAUAAGAAACAAAAUAAAGUAAUCACUAUUGAUGCUUCAGAUACAGUAGAGGCGGUAAACGAAAAAGUUACCCAUGAACUUCAAAAAUUUGGUGUGAAAUGAUUCGGUUAUUUGCUUCCCUAUGUCAUUGUCAUCAUAUUCACUUAAUGUUGUGUUACUUUAUUUCGUUCAAAUAUUUUGAAUAUUGAUUUAUCUUAUAUUGUACUAUUAUUGUUUAUUACUACUAUUAUCAUUAUUAUUAUUAUUAUUGUUAUUAUCAUUAUACUAAUUUAUAUUUUAGAACUUAAGAGAUGAUAAAUUUCACUGUUAAAUAGUGGAUUUUAACCAGAAGAGAGUGUUUUUGUUUGUUUUUUAUUUAUUAUUUGUUUGCACCGUUAACUUCUUCAUUUUAUCUUAAUUUUGCACGAUUAAAGUGCUUUUGUAUUUGUAUUUUGUUUUGUUUAAACUUCUUUUUCUCCCAAGAUUUUUCAAUGCAUAGUUAUUGUCUUCUUCUAGAUUGUUCGGCUUUUCAUCUUUCAUCUAAGGAUAACUUAUGUUUAGAAAGUGCCAUUGAAUAUAAACAAAUAAGUUGUCGAUUUCUUAUUUCAUUAUCUUACUAGUAAGCUAUCUAAUUAAUACUAAAUAAAAAUAGUAUGUUAUGCUUAAUUUUAACAAAUUAAAUAUUCAUUGAAUACUUCA